GCCACGUGGCAAGCGACACCACAGAGACGGAGACGGAGAAGAGCGCAGGGAAAAGUGGACGAGAAUAUGGCAACGGCUGUGGUCAGUUGGAGCAAAUGUGGAAAGACAGAGAUAUAAAUCAAAUUUAGUCAUUUCCAGUUGCCGCGCAGUAAACGUAUUUAAAUCAGUGAGGGCAGUUAAGGACACACCAGUGGCACGGUAGUUACACAUACCGCAGCAUUAAGCAGCAGACUUACACCAGCAUUGGCAGCAUGUCCAGCCAUUCGGGCACAAUUGGCCGCAAGCGCGGGGGCAGUGCCAGCGAGUACUACUUCGGCGGCGGCGGCGGCGACCAGAUGCGACGUCAGCGCUCGGCCGAAUGGCACAGCCACCAUGGCUACAGCAGUAGCGAGGAUGAGUACCAGAAUACCGUUCAGUCUUCGGCCUUCGAUACGCAGCUUUUGGCGCAGCUGUUGUUGCAGAGUCAGCAAUUGGCAAACUUAGACCGCUAUGGCUCAGAUUGUGAAAACCCAGCUGUUCCUACAUCUCUGCUUAAUGAGUAUCCGAGCGCAUUGCGAGACCACAGUUCCACUUCGGCGUUCCACCUGCAAAUGCAACAGCAAAACACCGGGCUGUGCUCGCCCAUAAAACAACAGACUGUUCUCGCUGCCACAACGGCGGCGGCACAAAUCACUGCCACCAAUAAGUAUCAGACGAAUCAGCCGUCUCCGAACGCGGCACUCCUGCCAAACUGCACCAAUACGACGCGCAGCACAAAUCCUUUCCUAAACGCAAAAUAUGAUUCCCAGUCCAACUCAGACUCGAUGAGCGACCGACUGUCGUACUCCGGUAGCGCAGCAAUGUUGGAUCGUUUACAAGUGGUUGUGGAAGGCGCAGCAGCUCUUACCGCCAGCAGCAGUGGCGCUGGUGGUCUAAGUGCACUGAAUUCCUCCUUUUUAAUGCCCACCAGCUCGACCGCAAGCAGCCUCAGUCCGAGCGCCCGCGACAGCAUAAGUGGCGGCGCGGCGCGCACUCUACGCACGAAAAGCGGACGUUCGGCGAAUCGCGGGAACAGUGGAGGUAGCGGCGCCACUGGCGGAAUGACCUCCUCAAGUAGCGGUGCUUCUUCGAACAGCAACGCCACCUCCUCGGCAGCGGCGGCUGGUGCUGUGGCGGCAGCCAUUGCCAGUCGUAGUGAGCGGGAAAAGCUAAAAUUGCAGCAAAUUCAAAAAGAGCUGCGGGAGUACGCGCAAUCUACAGCGGAAAGCUCGGUUGUUAUGGAUUUAGACGAGUUCACCGCUUCCGGUGGUGAGUCUGAACCACCACCAGAGCCAGCUCCACCGGAAAUUCCACCACGAACACAGUCGCUUUUGAUGUCGCUGCGAAAGCAUUCAGAUUAUAAGCUCAAGUACGAAGACAAAGGCGACCAAAAGCACGAAGAGUUCAUACCAACAAAUCAGCUGCACCAACAGCAACCAUUGCAGAAGGAAUUUUUAAUUACCGAUACGCUGCGCUCUAAUGACAACCAGUCCAGUGACUCGCAGAGCCAAGCAGG